GACCAAUGAAGCGCGCACCACUCCUGUUUCUCCCUGUUUUCCUCCCCGUGAUCGCUAUCGCGACGGCGCGAUGACGAUCUCGACGAGCGGAGACAGAGAGCAUUCCAUCUCCCUGCAGUCACCCACUCUUCGGGGUCGUGACGUUUCCAGCACGACCCCGAAGAGCGCGAUUGGCGCAGAUUCCACGGUUCGCUCAGCGUCGUUGCCGCAACUGACGACGAAGAUGCUACGAUCAAAGGUAUACCGUAAAACAUCCCUUAAGAGUUCGUUUCUCAAGAGCGAGGUCAACAUCGGCGGCGAUGAUAAUGGCACUACUGAGAGGAAUGGCGUCGUGCGAUAUAUGAGCAUCGCUACGGAAAAGAAGCAAAAAAGAAAAAGCCUCGCGGACAGAGAUGUCGACAUGAGAUGCGAGAACAAGUGGAAUUCCGAGGACAUCCACAUAACAUGCAAUCCCCUGUCGACGCCUUAUCCGUACUCGACACCGGCGGCGACCACCACGACGACAACCACUACUGUCACCACCAGCAAGACGACGGCAACGAUGGUAGAGAGUGAUGAGGAGCCAAAAAGUCGCAGCUGCGGCAGCUUCCUACCGAUACUCGCCCUGAUCCCGCACUCGGUCAUCAGCUUCCAAUAUCUCAGUCCGAAGAUGAAGUUCUCGUGGUGGCGAAACAAGAUCUCGUGAAGGCACGCGUAGGCGCCCAUCGUCGUCGCUGUCGACGUUGUGCGUCGCGACGCCACCCCGACUUGUUUUGGAGGAGACACACCUCUCUUACCUCGUAGCGAGCUCUCUUUCUCUCUUCGCUUAUAUACAUAUGUAUUUCUCUUUCUCUCUCUCUCUCUCUCUCUCUCUCUCUUUUUCUCAAUUUCUAUAUAUCUUACUUCCGGCCAGUCUUCAUCAAUUAGAGGAAUCCCAUUGUUAUUUCGCAAAUCCCGUAUUGUCGAAAAGAUGCAUACCUCGUUAAUAUAAACGCAUUGCAUGCGUAUUCGCGAUAGUCCUCUGAAUUUCCGCGCGUAGUCACGAAGUUUGGUUCUGCAAAAUAUUCUCGAACAUUUUAACAUUUUAACAUAAUGCGAAAACAUGACUAUUUAAGGUCCAAAGAUUCAUAGACUUAAUAGUCCGAGAUUACAAUAAGCGAAAUUUAAGAUCGAAGGAACCAAACUGACUUUCUCUAGGAAACGCUAUAACUUUUAUAACAUUCACAACAUUCUCCUAGUUCUUUCAACUCGCCGAAGAAAAAAUGUACGGUGUUUAUUACAUGCACACGACAUUUUUGACACGUCGUCGGAUCCUCUAGUCGAUUAAAGUUCCUUACGACGCGCUUUUGAUUUGUAAUUUUUUUUUUUUUUUUUUUUUCGAAAAUCCGCUCGGGGAAAAACGUCGUAUUCAGUCCCCAUAGUCUGCAAGAGAGCAAUCUAGCAAAUAUCCAAACAUUCUGGAAUCCAAAUUCUGCGCCACUUCAGACCAAGUCGUACUUGAUGAUACAAAUAUUUUGCAUCUACUGUUCCUUCUUUUUUUUCUCACUUCUCAUCCUGAAAAUAUAGAAGUAUUCUAAGAUCCUAGAAUACCUAAGUGAGACGCAAAAAUUCUCUGUAAUAAUUUAAUCCAAGAAUCUAAAGACCGUAGAACCUAAGGAUCCACAGUUCCUAGAAUCUAACACCUAAUUAUCCAAAGACCCUAGAAUCUAAGUAUGCAAAGAUCCUAGAACGUAAGAAUUCAAAGAUUCUUAAAAUUUAAGGAGACACUUCAACGUUGUUAGAGCAUAAGGAUCCAGGCUAUUUCGCAAGGAUGCGAAAUCCAAGAUAGAAUCGAGCAUUCUCGAAGAUUCUAGAAUGUAAGGAUUCAAAAAAGAUAUUAUAAAAUCUAAGUAUUAAAAACUAAUCUACAACGUGCUCUUUGCUUUCUGAUUCGUGGUUUUUAUCUCUUACUUUGGCCUCCUGUUUCUUCAUUUUUUAUCAUUCAAGAUAAAAAUUGAUGAACUCCGAAAGAAACAAAAAGCUCGAUUGUUGAUUAAAAAGUCACACAAAGAGAGAAAAAGAUAAGAAGUAAAAACCAACAGAAACAGAAAGCAAGGAGCACAUUAUAGAUUAACUUCAACAAUCUGACAUAAUAUAUCCCCUCCCUGAUUAAAUGGAGUUUUCUUUGGUGAAUUUCAUUAAUCAUAGACGAGCAUCAUUGCGAGCAAUUAUUAUUGCUGAGAUAUACAGCCGAGAAUAUAUACAUAUAAAAAAGAAGAACGGGUCGAGAAAGUUUACGUUACGAUUAAAAUAUAAUAGAGAGAAGAAAUAGUUGGAUGUCUCGAUGACUGAUCUCCGAAUUCUCCGUUGAGAGAAGUCGGGACACGCUGGAAGAUGAUAAAAAGACAUUAGUCUAUUUUGUUACAUUGUACGUCAUCAAUGUCGCGUGAGAGUCACGCGAGUGAAGGGCGAGGAUCGAUCUCGUCACCGAUCAUCCUUGUGGUCAGGAACGAUGUAUAGGAGCUGUUUAAUCGAGAGACCGUACAUCGCGAUGCAAGAUCUUGAGUACUUUCCAUUUUUGACACAAGCAUUUUAUCUUUCUUGACACAAAGAUGAAACGACACUCGUAUCGACUUGUCAUCAAAUGGAAAGCAUUCCUUAGUAAUCAGAUGACGAACGGUAGAAUGAUAUCAACGCACGACUUUUUUUAUAUCUUUCUCUUUUCGUUUAACGUUAGUUAGCGUAGCAAGUAUCGUCAUUUUUUAAAUAAGAAGAGACAUGCUGCGUACCGGAAAUUUGUUUUGCUUUUGAGUCGACUGUUGCAGAUUAGAUCGGCUACCGAUGGACUCGUUUCUCGCCAUAGUUCUUUUAAUCGAUGAUAGGCUCCUUAUCUUUCUUUUUCUUUUUUUUUUUUAAAAUCGUACGAUAAAAUGACACGUUACUGUUGCUGCAACGAAGAUUCUUCGUAGAGCAACAAUUUCGUCUCUUAUGUUUUCCCAUUUCAAUAAAAUUAUUUUCGUAAAUACCCAUCUUCCGUAGUACCUUUUAUUUUUAUUGAGUUUCCUUUUUUCCUGCUUCGUUAAUUUAUUUAAAAGCUCCUCAUACGCACGCAGAGUCGCUCGAACAAUCAUGAAAUUCCUUGUCUUAUUUUUCCUACUUCUAUUUUAUUUUAAAGAUCAUGUCGUUGAAAUAAUUAAUUAUUUCUCGAAUUACGUCGCACACUCACCAAUUUACACAUGAUCGAAACGAGAAUAUUGCAAAGUAUUAAUGUGACUUAUUUAAUUAUUUUCUUAAAACGUUAUAUUUUGCAAUCCUUUUUUACGAAUUUGACUUUGUUAUUUUCUAUAAUAUAUUUUAUAUUAAUAACAGUUUUCUCGUCCCUUUUUGUCAUUAAUCAUUAGAUUCAACGACUUCUAUUACAUAAAUGAAUAAUAAGAUCAAUCGAUGUGCGAUAAUAAGAUAACGCAGUUAACGAGAGAGUACAAAUAAUUAAUCAAUAUAAAAAAGUUUAAUCGACAGCGAUGUCGACAGGAUAGAAAGAGAAAAAAAAGGAAUAUGCUGUAACACAUCGUGGAGUGUUACUCUCAGAAGCAUUACUAUUCGUUGCUAAUAGAUCACUGUUGCAUGCUAAAAUAAAUAAAUUUUUGUGUAAAAUAUAUCUAUGAAAUAAAGAUUAUAUUUAGU